AUGCCGCCAAAAAAAGAUCCAAACGCCCACAACAACAACAGCGAUACUACAUCGACAGAGAGCCCAACAAGUGCUUCGUCGUCGUCCAACAACAACACCAACAAUUCUGGUACUACUGUUGUUCUGCCCGUAAUGGUUGAAUCGCCGGCAGCCGAACAACGUACCGUCGCCUUUCAUGCCAAUGCAAAAUUAUGCCGGCUGGUACGCAAAUGCCCCUGGAUGUACGAUCGUAAUCACCACAACUAUGCCAAGAAACAUAUUUUGGAUAAGUCAUGGUGUAAAAUUGCCCGAGAAUGUAAUGAUUCGGUUGCUUCGUGCAAGGAACGUUGGCGUAAUAUUCGUGCAGCCUUUGCCCGUUCGAUCAACAUCUAUAAGACACACAGUGGUCCGAAUCGUAUAAAACCCUAUUAUUUGCAUAAAGAACUCUCGUUCUUGGUGAAACCCAUGAUGGAGGGUCGUGAUCGUACCGAAGAGACACAUGACAUAUCCGAUGCGAAUGGUAUACAAAAAGAAGAAUAUACCGAAGGUGAAGAAGAUGAGGAGGAUGUCGAUUUCGAAGAUGAUGAUCAACAGCAAGAUGUCGAUGAUGAAGAUGCUGAGAAUGAUAAUAAUAGCAUUGAUAUCAAAUCGGCCUUCGAGGCUCUCAAUCCGGAUAUUACCAUACAAACAGAGGGGAAAUUACAUAAAACUCUGAAAGACUAUCAGAAUAGUCAGAAGCGGGAGCAUUAUAAUGGAAAUGAUUUCGAUAACAAUUCGGGGAUUUACGAAACCCAUGGAGAUUUCUCGACAAGUGAUGCAGAACAUGAGUUUAAUGAUGGUCGUUAUGAUGACACCAUGUCACAGACAACGGAAAAUGAUCGUCGCAUUAUGACACCACAUCAGGGUAAUAAUCCGCUGAAACGUCCAAUGCAAUUGGAUACCGAGACCUAUGAAAUGAAACGUUUGAAAUUUAAUACAAUUCCGGUGGGAACGAGUGAGGCGGAUUUGCGUUUCCUGGAGGCCCUGCUGCCCGAUAUGGCUCUCAUGAAUACAAGGCAGAAAAUUAUUUUCAAAAGGAAGAUUUAUCAGACCUUGGAGGAGGUAUUUGAAAAUGUCAAUGAUUUUCCCAAUAUCAACAAUGAGCAGCAGCAGCAUACAAAUAUGACAACUACCACUCGAUUAAGUGGCGGAGGGGGAGGAGUUGGCUUGGCAUCAUUUUCCUCUACUGCUAACAUCAUGAACAACAGUCACAAUUUGAAUAACAGCAACACCUCAACCACCACCACUACCAUGCAGGGUGGUUCCCAGGUCAAGCAGACUGUGCUGACCGUCAACUCCUCCACGGCCCGGAAUUUAAUCAACAACAUUGCCAAUUUAAAUGAAGCUGAACUGCAAAAGGUCAAUGGCUUCCUGCAGUCCUCGCUGCGUAAUGUUAACAUCUCUGUCAAUACCAACAAUCAGAAUAACAAUAACACCAACAAUUCGCUGAAUUCUCACAAUAUAACAAAUAUCACCACCACGCGGUUGAGCAAUGGCAACCCGGCCACCAUUAUACCGGCAAGUAGUGCUGCUGCACGCCUCCUACAAUCGACACCGAAAAUUACCAUCACAAAGGUGACAUGUCCACCACCGGCCUCACUGCGUAACAUGACCAUGGUGAAUAAGGCAACCUCACCUAACACUGGUACCGUUUCGACGACUAUACAUCACACCCCAGCUGCACCCAUUAUGACAUCUAAUGUCCAUUCAACCACCUCAACACCCGGUCAACUGAACAGUCAACAGCAGACGUUGCCAACUGUAUCAUCUGUCACGAGCAUUAGUACCACCAAUGGUACCACCACGGCCGCGUCAUCCUCAUCGUCCACGUCAGCAGCAGCCACCUCGGGAUCAUGGACACAAAUAAUGCCAAUUGCUAUUAAAGAUGAAAUUGAAGAUGUGGAUAUCGAUUGA